GCUCACCAUUUUUCGGGAUAAUGUUGUGUAAAAGUCUCGCUCGGUUUUCGUGUCGUUUCACGGGAUUCGUUCGCAAGGACUUCCACGUGUCCGUCAAUCCUCUCUGCAGGGCGACCAAAGAAAAUGAUAAUACCAAUUGCGUUAGUACAGUUAGCAAAAGUAAACCACCGCGAAUACUAAUAACUGGGGGUCUCGGACAAUUGGGCACGGAAUGCGCGAAGUUGCUCCGUCGCAAUUACGGUAACGAGAAUGUCAUAUUGUCCGACAUCAUCAAGCCCACGGAGGAGAAUUUGGAGAACGGACCCUUCAUCUUCGCUGACAUCCUUGAUUUCAAGGGCCUGCAAAAAAUCGUCGUCGACUGCAGGAUCGACUGGCUCAUCCACUUUAGCGCGUUACUCAGUGCUGUUGGCGAACAGAAUGUACCAUUAGCCGUCAGAGUCAACAUUGAGGGAAUGCAUAACGUCAUCGAGCUGGCGAAGCAAUACAAGCUAAGGAUCUUUAUACCGUCGACGAUCGGCGCAUUUGGUCCCGAUUCACCAAGAAAUCCCACACCGAAUGUCACAGUACAGCGACCCCGUACGAUCUAUGGUGUCAGCAAGGUCCACGCAGAGCUCCUGGGAGAAUACUAUCAUCAUCGGUUCGGCCUUGACUUCCGGUGCCUCCGAUUCCCCGGCGUUAUCAGCGGUGAUCCACCCGGCGGCGGUACUACCGAUUACGCCGUGGCGGUGUUUCACGAGGGAUUGCUGAACAAGAAGUACGAGUGCUACUUGGAGCCUCACACGAUGCUGCCGAUGAUAUACAUCGAGGAUUGCCUGUCGGCGCUCUUUCAGUUCCUGAAUACGCCUGAGGAACUGCUCCGUCGGCGGGUCUACAAUGUCACAGCUAUGAGCUUCACACCCGAGGAAUUGUUCAACGAGCUCCUCAAGUACAUACCGGACCUGAAGAUCACGUAUAAGCCGGACAAACGGCAGCUCAUAGCGGAGAGCUGGCCGCAAGUUUUCGACGACAGCGAGGCACGGAGGGACUGGGGCUGGCAGCACAAGUACGAUUUGCAGAGGCUGGUUGAGUCAAUGAUGCGGGACGUGAACACGAACUUUUUGUCGAAGCACCAAUUGAAGCAGAUCAAUAGCUAGCUGUGUGAUCGCACCUUAAGAGUUGCGCAUAAAGGUGGCCAAUAACUUCCUUCAACUCGGCCGCACACUCUCGCGUUGUACGUGAUGUAAUUGACGUAUUCGAAACUCCGGUUGGAAAAAAUCAUCAGCCGCAGGUAAUUGUAAAUGUAAAAAAAUUCAACGUUCGAGGUACAAUUUAUCAUUUCGGAAAUUAAUGAUGAUGAUUAAGAGCGCGAUUAUUAUUAUGCAAAUGAUCUUUUCCCGUGCCUCGAUAUAUCGCUGCCCGAGAAUCGAAAGAUUAUCGAAACAGCUUUGGAAAGCGCUUUCUAGCGGAAUUCUGUGUGAUUUUUUCCAUUUCCAUCACUGAAUGACUUCAGUGUUAAUAUAGUGAUUGUCUUUCGACGCUCGCCUGAUUCGUUUGUCGCCAGUGGCAUCAUAAAUUGCCGUAUUUUCAUAUAUAAAUUACAAAUGCAAUAUUGUUAUAAAAUUGACGUAUCUUGACAAUUACUGAUAACAAUAUUCACAAGUAUGGAUGACUUGGGUGGAAUUCUGUGCAUUAAACCAAGAAAUAUAAAUACAAUACUUAUAAUAC